AACUAGCUCAGAUUCCCUGGGAAUCUGCAAGCUGACAGCUGUGGGACAGGCACGGAUGACUUCAGAGACAAGCACGUGUCUGCAAAGCCUGCAGAGGGGAUCUUUUUGUGGAAUUUACAGACUGUUUCAUGUGUCAAUAUGAGAGGAGUGUAAUUACCAGCUGAGAAACUGCAGGAAAUAAGCCAAGACUGAAUGAGCGAAAUGGAAAAUAAAGAGAAGUGCAGAGGACACACACAUUUUAAAACAAUUACGGAGGUAUGUAUUCACAUGCUUGUGGGAGCCUGGGAAUACAUGAGAGAUCGUGACUGCAAAGGAAUGAAUUCACGGACCGGUCUAUGGGGAGUAUUUUUUUCCCUGUGACUUCAAACUUCUGUCGGAGCUCACAGAGUUUUAGUCAGCUGGCAUGCAAUAGAGGUACGACUUCCCUAAGGAAACUCUUCCUUGACUCGCCCUGGAAAAGCUGCUGGGAGAGUCUGUGAGACAGAAGGCUGCAAGCGGAGGUGAAUCCUGCUCCUCCUUGUCCUCCAGCCACAGAGCAGAACCAUGAAACUGAACAUCAUCUUCUUGCUGGCAGUGGUGAACACAGGGACCUCUAACCAUCAUCCCAUAGAGAGGACAUCCUGUGAAAUGGCAAACUCACAGGCAUUUUGCAACAACAAAGACCUCCACCAAAUCCCUCACGAGCUCCAUCUGAAUGUAAACAAAAUAGAUCUAUCUGGAAAUCUGAUUCAGAGCAUCCCUGAAAUGCCAUUAUCAUUUUACACUUCCCUCCAGUAUCUGGAUUUAAGCUUCAACCAGAUAAGCUUCAUCACGUCUGGAGUGUUUGCACACAUGAUGAGUUUGCUGGAAAUAAAUUUAGCCAAUAAUCAUUUACAUGAGCUGGCUCAGAAUGGGACAGAGGGGAUUGGACUUUUGCCCAAAGUGGAAAUAAUGGACUUGUCCCACAACAAUCUCUACAAUGGGAUGGCUGAGCAUUUCAUUAAUCAAGCUCCAACACUGCGAUAUCUUUCCUUGGCAGACAACAGUAUUGUAGUGAUAUCACACAAGAUGUUUCAGGGAUGUCCCAGUCUUGUGGAGAUAGAUCUUCAGAGAAAUAUCAUCAUGGAAAUAGAAGAAGGUGCUUUUGAGACUCUAGCAAACCUUUCCAAACUCAGUCUCUCCACAAAUUCAAUUACUUGCAUCUCUGAUUUCAACCUCAGGCAGUUGGAGAUACUUGACCUUAGCAGGAAUAGCAUUGAGACCUUCAGCACCACAAAGUCAAAUGAUGAAUAUAGCUUAAGAUCUCUGGAUCUUAGUGGAAACAAAUUGUUUCACUUCCCAGUCUUCCCUCGGGUAAAUAAGCUGGUAACUCUGAAUUUAUCAAAUAAUUUAAUCCAGCUCACUGCCGAAUCUCCUUAUAAUAAAGUGGACUACAUGGAUAAUGAAUGGCUAGAUGCUUCUUUUCAUCUUCUUGAUCAGAAGCAAAGUAAAAAUACAAGCUCUCUUUAUUUAUCCCACCUUGUAUAUUUAGACUUAAGUUAUAAUGAAAUCAAAUCCAUUCCAGAUGGUUUCUUUGAGUCAAUGUUGUCCCUUCACACCCUUAAUCUCAGCAAAAACUGUCUCCAGGCAUUUGCAGUAAGUUAUGACAGUGCAUUGAUCUCCCUGACUGUGCUUGACUUGAGCUACAAUGCUUUGGAGAACCUUCUCCUCAAUGCUGGUGCUUUGCCAAAUUUGAGGGAGUUUCAUAUUCAAAACAACAACCUUCAGACCCUGCGAUUUGACAUCUUUUCCAGUCUUCCUAGCCUCAGAUUUCUUAACCUACAGAGCAAUAACAUCAGCCUUUGCCACAUGUACUCAGGAUUAGCCAAGCAAAGACUUGCUGGAGAGGAAAGUGGUUGUGUGUCAUUUGUCAAUUCUCCUGCUCUCCAGUACUUGUACCUAGCAGACAACAUGCUGAGCAUCCUACCAGCACACACCUUCUACAAGACUCCACUCCUUGUCUUGGACCUCUCCAUGAACCCUGGACUGAAAAUAGAACUUAAAGCACUAGCAGGACUGGAAAAGUCUUUGGAAUACUUGCAUUUACAUGGCAAUAGCCUGAUAGAUUUAAAUAUUGACUUGCCUUGUUUCAGUCACCUUAAGCAUUUAAACCUCUCUGAAAAUCAGCUGGACUGGCUGCCUAAGUGGGGUAGUGAGUCUCCACUGGAAGUUCUAGACCUACGGAACAAUAGGUUCAGUACAUUACAGGACAGCAAUAUUUUAGCAUUAGAAAAUUCACUUAAAAACUUGUAUCUCUCUGGGAACCCACUCAACUGCUGUGGGAACAUCUGGCUUUCAUCGAUCAUCCAGAACAAAAAUGUCCAUAUCCCCAACGUGGAGCACUUAACGUGCCAGUACAUUCAGAGCUUUGGAUAUUGGGAAGAAAUGCACAUUGGAAACAUUAGACCAGAAGACUGUGAAAAAGAGGAUCUGAAGAAAAUCAACAUCCUCAUCAUAUUAACAUUUGUACUGGUUUUAUCUGUGAUCAUCAUUGGUGUGGGUUUGUUUUUUUGCUUCCGAAGGCAAAACUUUAGUCAUCAGUUUAAAGCAUAGGAGCACAAAAUGCCUUGAAAACUGAAGAAAUCAGGUGCUACCCUAGCACUGUGUAGAAAUGAAGGACAAAAUUCUCAUCUUUGAGUUUUAACUGUGGAUUUUAAGAUGGAUUUGAAGUGCCCCCGAACUGCACCACUGUGGUCUGGGUUGCAGGGAGCGGAAGGGGAAUUUGCUCUGUUUUAUAGUUGCUUCAUUCACAUGCAGAUCUGCUCAAAAGAUUACACAGUGUUAGAAGAAGUGUUAGAAGGGCACUGAAAAGUUCUGCAGUUUUUUUGAGGGGUGUGUAAUUUAAAUCAGCUCUAAAGAAGAAGGCCUCUAAAGUCUUGAGACCUGAGACUUUUCACUAAGCUUAGAUGAUGUUUUCAGCCAGUUAGGAAAUCCUUAUGUGCCUCCACAAGAUAUUUUGAUUUGGUCAGAGCUUUGCUUUUACCUAGCUGGUUAGCUCCUAACCCUUCUUCUAGCACAAAGAUAUGCCAGAGUGGGUCAAACACAAUCUUUACUCAGUGAAAUUGGUUGCAAAUUCCCCUUGAGUUCCAAAACAAUGAGAAUUUAACUAAAAACAAAGCAAAACAAACCCAAAUGGAAAUUAUACGUAGUGACCAUUGUGCUCCUGCCUACCAUUUAGACAGCUGACCAUGGAAACCAUGUGGUAGGAGCCUCUUUGGAUAUCUCAUUUCAUUUGUUAGGAUGUUGCUCCAGUCACUGGGGCAAGACAUAAGAGGUAGAGAAGGUCAAUUAGUUCUGGCACUAAGUACCCACGAGGGAUGUAAAAGAAAUCUCAGGCAUGAAACAGCUGCUCAUAUGUUACCCAGAUCUACUCAGAAGGUCACAGGUCCACAGUUUAACUAAAAGAGGAGAAAUUUGCCUCUCACGUGCAAUACAUAUUUAACUGGGUAUAAUGUGAAUAAAUUAAUCUCUGGGGUGAAUACUUUGCAAAACAAAAAUCUUGGAGAAUGAAUUUCAACCAGCUAGAAUUGGACUGAAAUGUUUACACUUCUAAGAAAAUUGUGGGAAAUUCACAGCAUACAAUUGCAUUUCAAUACAGAAGAAUAACAUAUCUAUUUUUAAAGGUCAUGGAAGGUUAGACUGCAAAAAUACACCAUUGUGAAAUGAUAUACAGCUAACCUAAUCCUGUGCCACUAUUCAGAUCAGAUGUUCACUGUGCCACCCAAAAAAGAUACUACAGUCUAGAGGAUGGGCUGUAAGAAAAGUUAUGUAGGUCCUCAUUCUGUGAUGUGUUUAACACAGCUAACAUGCUACAUUGCUAAAAGUUGACACUGACAUGUUUUGUUCUGUACCCCGACAGAAAAUUUACACUUUUGAAGUGAAGAAAAGCUCACUAAUAGUGGGAGGUUGACUUGAUAACGAGGUGCAAUGGCUUCAAAAGUAACUAAUUCAGGUCUUCUGCUAAUGUAAUGAACUGUUCAUUAAGGCACACAACAGAAAUAGAGGUCAAAUCAGAAACUGUCCAGGUAAAUAACUCAGUCAAAUUGCUGCUUCAUUUCUGUUUCUUCAAGCUAGUGAAUGUAAAAAUUAACACACUGCAAAAAGGUGUAUAAUUCUAUUUUUAAAGCAGCUAUGUAAGAAACUGACUGGUGGAAUUCACUGUGGGAUUUUGUACAAUAAAAACAUAUUUGAAUUUUGUAAAACAUGCAGGGUUGUAAAUAUAUUAAAUCACCAGUUUGAAAUGCUCCACAGAUUAAAAGAAAAGCUUUCCUAUUAUUCCUAUGAUGUUCAGACUCCACCUUAGACCUUUACCUUCUGGUCCUGAAGAAGAGACAGCUGUUCCAUAUCUUAGAGUGCAACCAAUGGAGAGCAAGAAGAUCUACUGAAAAUGUAGGCAAAAGUUUGGAAUAGGAUUUUCAGAGAACUUGUGGAUGACCCAUCCCUGGAAGUGCCCAUGGCCAAGUUGGAUAGUGCUUUGAGCAACCUGGUCUAGCAGAAGGUGUCCCUCCCCAUGGCAAUGGGUUUGGAACAAGACAAUCUUGCAAGUCCUUUCCAACCCAAACCAUUCUGUGACUCUGUGAUUCUACAGAUUUGCACAAACCCUCGCCGCAAUGGGACCUGAUCCAACAUAUACAAAAGCCCGUGCUUGAGCCAAUCCUCAUCUCAAACCCUUAUUCAAGUAGAGAAAUAAAGUCUAGUCUUUAGUCUCUAGUCUAGAGAUUGCACCAGCAGCAAUCCCAGGAACUAGUUGGAAGUCCGAUGUUGAAGUUGCUGAGCUUUUCCCUUGGUGUGAAGGCAAGCUGAGCUGUGUGCCCAGACACAGGUUAAUCUGCCACACACAGAGUUAAUGGCUUUUGUGUCAAGCAUGACAAUCUGCUCCUCAGACCAGUAUUAACUUGACUAGCAUGGCUGGAAUUAGUUAAUAACCUGAUGACAGAGUCAAACCAAAUUAAUUAAUAGUUUUCACACCACUUUUGUUUGGCUCUCCCUAAAGGAAGUGCUUGUUAUUACUAAACAUCUGGUACUAAUUAGAUUUCCAUUGACUUCCCCAAGAGCAAAAACAGUUUUCUCAAGAAUAAGCCUCAGGAGUAAAAUGUAGCAUGGCUUGUUUGAAUUUUUCUGUUAGCAGUACAACCAACCAAGAAGUGAUACAACCCUGCUCCAGCCAGUUCUAUUAUUCUGGAUGAGGUGAGGAGCAAGAGAGAGGGAAAAAGAAAACCAACAUGAAUAGAAUGUCAGAGAGGAAAAAUGUGCAAAGGAGAAAUGUGAGCUCUGCAUGGUAUUAGGCAUCAAAACAGGGAGUCUGUAGCUGACAGCCCCAGCUCUUGCCUCUCUUUGUCUGUCGCUGUGUCUUCAAGAAACUCAAAUGCCAAACAAUGAUCCUUCAUCAAACGUAGAUGUUACUCACACAAUUACACAUCUCCCCACCAGUCAGGUCCAUUUUCCUAAUAGGUUGGUGGUAGGUUUGAUAAAGAAGAAAAUUAACCCUGUCCCAGCUGAUAUCAGGAGAGUAGGCAUGAUACAGGCUGGAAUUUUGCAAGCAAGAAUUUACACAUUCAUUUACUGCUUUUUCAUGAAGUCCUUGCAACAGACUUGCAACCUGGUCUUGAACACUUACAGGAAUGGGGCAAUCUGUUCCAGUGUUUCACCACCCUCUGAGUAAAGGAUUUCUACAAAAUAUCUAAUCCAAAUGUACCUGGCAUCAGGUAGAUGUAAGUACUGGAAACAUUAGGAGUGCAAGAAAAACUAGAAACAGAAAGAGACCCUAAAUGCUCAGCAAGUCAUGACUCAUGUUAGCCAUCCAUGGAAAACAAGUCUCAGUUUCCAGAGGCAUUGGUUUUUUGUUUUUUUUCCAAAGUACCCUUUUUCUUCUGCAAAGUACUCUGUACCCUAACGGAGUACCAGUGCCUCUACAAACGUCCCUGCAGGGGCUCUACUCAGCCCUAAACUAGCUACAGUAGGUUAGAAUACAACACAGUAAGUGCCUCCUAAUAUUUUGGGAGCCCAAAGCAUUUGCUUUCCUAUUCUAUCUAAUCCCCAUGUCAUUCAGUACCCUCUUAAUUUCCUGGGGAGAAAAAAACCGACACAAUUUGGAUCCCCUGUACCUCCAUGAGAAAGAAGCAAGGUAUGCUUAGCCAUAUUAUUUUCCAUAAACAAUUACCUAUUAUGGUUGUGCACUCAUAUGCAAAGGCACACACAUAAAAGGCUAAACAAAGAAAUAGAUAAUUUCAGGAUUAGCCUUGUUUAACCUAAAUUAGAACAGCCUGUGCUAAACGACCAUCUGUAGUAACAAACAACUUGGUGCUGCUGCUUGUGGAUCCCUAUUUCAUGCCUGUCCAUGUGAAAUAUUUUGAUCAGUAUUUUCAAAAGUGAUCACUGAUUCAUUUCAGAUACCUAAAUUUGCUGCCUGUGUCUUGCCAAUCCUGAAACAAGUCACAUUUUCUGGAAAACUGGGUCCAUUUCCUCUUAAAACCAGGACUCUGUGGUAUGUCUUAUACAAGCGUCAGGAGAAAAACGAGAUUGUCCAGAUGUAUAUGAAAUUAUUUCACUUAGAGCUUUCUAAUGGUAGGUUUCUGCUCUGCCAGAGUUGUUUGGAGCAUCUGAAGAGCUGAAAAACAGCAAUGCCAACACCUCCUCUGCCCUGUAGUCUGCCCUCAGAAGGACCAUAUUAACCCAGGUUAACUAUCCCUGCACUCUCACUCCCAUCCUCAGCUAUUGUGGGUAAUUUGAGUGAAAAAAGGAAAAAUAGACAUAAUAAAAGAGAAAAAAAUCGAAUGUAGUGUCUUCAUCUUCCAGUCAAUGCUGCAACAUGCAGCCGGAGCAGAUUUUGGUCCCACGGUGAGCAUUGGUGAGGGUCCAAAUAUAUUUGGCCAAGAAAAAUGAGGAUUACAGGAGUUUAGAGCCAUCAAAGUGCACAGAGUGAGUGAUCGGAAAAGAAGAAAACAAAGUUCAGGUGUAAUUCCCUCUGAGAAGUGAAGAAAUGAAAGUACAUUAGAGGAACAGGCAGUGGUAGGUUCUUACCCACCUCUCCCCAAGAGUUUAAAGAUCUGUGAAGCUUCACCCAAUCUCUUGUAGAAGAAAGGUGAGAAGAGAGCCUAGGAGACAUAAUGGAAUAGAAAUAAAGGAUGGUAGAAGUGAAAUAUGGGAGGAAAAUGCAGUAGAGAAGAGAGUUUUAGUACAAUUCGUGUCUUCAUGAAGGGGAACAGAGAAGUGUAACAGGAAACUGAAGAGCAUCAGAUAGAGAGGGAUAAGAAAAGCUUUGCAAAGAGGUAGUCAGAGAUGAGCUGUGCAGAGCAGGAGACACAGGUACCUUGGUUAGACAACAUGCUGGCUACUUAGAAGUGUGUGAUGCAUGAAAACAGGGGAGGACAUCAGUUCAUGCAGGGUGGCCUGAAGUGUAAAGUAACCAGGGAAAUAGGAUGAAGCUGAAAUAGGAGGGAAAACAGACAGAAGAAUUUUCUGAGGAGGGUCUGUCAGACUGUACAACACUCUUCCAAAAGGAAAGACAUUUGGAGGCUGAUGCAACAUGAUACUAAUGAAAAUUUUGGCAAAAAUGAGGGAACAGUCUUGCAACACUGGGAGAGUCGCUUUUCUCCCAAGCUAUUGUUUGUGGCAGUUCUGCUGCAUUGCAGAGCCAAGCCAAUUUCACAGAUUUCCUCCUCCUGUCCACGUCUAGCAGUCAUUGCAUCAAAGACACGUCUGGGAGACACAGGGGACACUUCAUUGCAACCUUUCAGUACUUAGAAACAUAAAAAAAGAGAACAUCUUUUAAAAUGGGCUUUUAAAACAGGACAUGGAGGAACAGUUUCAAACUAAAAGAAGGGAGAUUUGGAUGAGACAUGAGGAAUAAAUUCUUUACUGUGAGGAGGGUGAGGUACUGGCACAAGCUGUUGAUGUCCCAUCCAUGAGAGCCAGAUUGGACAGGACUUUGAGCAAUCUGAUCCUAGUGGGUGGCAUCCCUGCCUGUGUCAGGGGAAUAGGAGCUAGAUGAUCUUUAAAAUCUAUUCCAGCCCAAAGCAUUCUGUAAUCUAUGAUUUUCCAGUUCAUAAGCAGUAUACUUUGUGAAGAAACAUUCUGGGAAGUGACUACAGAGGAGAUUCCUCUCUGUUGUUCCUAACUUUCCCAGAAAAUGGAGGUGAGAGGGGAGUCCAGGGUGCCAGAGACAAGACCAGAGAAGGAUUCCAUUUUCAGGAAGGAGACCCAACAAAGAGAAGAAAGUCUGGAACAGAUGAGGCUAGCAGUAGAGACAUAAGAAUAACUAAACCUGAAUUUUGGAAUGCAAAUCACAAAAUCACAGAAUGGUUCAGGCUGUGACCUCUGCAGAUCGUCUAGUCCAACCUCCCUGCUAGGACAGGUUCACCUAGAAUAUUUCCAGAGAGGGAGACUGGAUAGGCAGUGACAAGGAGGACAGUAUCAUCUCCUCCCAGGAGGGCUCAGCUGAAGGACAAGAUGCAACUGCUGCAAGUUGCAGCUGCAGAAGGUCCCAUUAAACAUAAGGAAAAAAUCCUUAAUAAUGAGAGAGGCUGAGCUCUGGAAAAUCCUUGUAGGCUUUUAAAACUCCUCAGGGCAAAGCCCUGAACAACAAAUUCUGACAAUGAAGUUGGCCCUGCUUUUAUCAGGCAGAUGGACUGAGCUUUCCAGAGGCUACUUCCAAUUUGAAUUAUUCUCCAAACUCUUGCAAAACAGAUAAGGGUCAUGCACUUAGACACAGAUAGCAGAGAAACUUUGGAGCAACAGGGCCUGCAAGCAGUUCUUGCACUUCAGUUCCCUGUACUGAUGCAGUGAAAGGGAUUUGACAGUAGAAGUGUCCAGAGGUGGCAAAAGUGGUUGAUGAGAGCUGGUGAGAUUACUGAAACGCAUCAUGAGUUCACAGGGGUUUUUUGUUGGUUUUGUUAUUGUUGAUGUUGUUUGU